CCAUUCCAGUCUUGACUUCUGAAGCACCAGGGAACAAUGGUGCUGUAGGCUAGAGGUGGAAACUGGAGGAGUUUCUUGCUCAUGCGCAAGAGGAGUCUCGCACAGAAGAUGCUCCUCUUGACAGUGCUGCAAACAAACCUACUGCUGGGCACUGUAAUCACAGGGUUAUCAGGUGCUUCACUUCAGGAGUCAUCAGUUUCAGUUGCCCGUUGCAGCCUUUUUGGGAAUGAUCACAUCAAAACAUUUGAUGGUUCCUUGUACAAUUUUGCUGGGGACUGCAGCUACUUCCUUGCUGGGGACUGUCACAAACACUCCUUCACACUCUUAGGAGAUUACCAGGAUGGGAACAAAGUUGGUUUCUCUGUGUAUCUCGGAGAAUAUUUCAGUCUUCACCUCUCUUUAGAUGGAGUUGUGAUGCAGGAAGACAAAAGGGUUUCCAUACCUUUUGCCUCCAAUGGUAUAUUUAUAGAGAAGGAGGCAGGUUAUUAUAAAAUAUCCAGUGAUGAGCAUGGCUUUGUGGUGAAGAUUGAUGCCAGUGGAAACAUUCAGAUACUCCUUCAAGAAAAGCACUAUAAUAAGACCUGUGGGUUGUGUGGCAAUUUUAAUAAAUUCCUUGAGGAUGACUUCAGAACUCGGGAAGGGACCCUGGUGGGGAACAGUUACGAUUUUGCCAACUCCUGGGCUUUGCACAGUGAAAACAAGCGCUGCAAGAGAGUGCAGAUUCCGAGCAACACCUGCAACAUUUCAUCUGAUAUGGCAGAGAAGGACGUCCUGGAAACCUGCCAGCUGCUGAGCACAUCUGUGACCUUCUCCCGGUGCCACCAUCGCGUGGAUGCCGAGCCCUACGUCAGCCUCUGCGAAAGGGACAUGUGUGCCUGUCCCCAGGGUGUGGACUGUCACUGCCCUGCCUUCCUGGAGUACGCCCGGAGCUGUGCUCACCAAGGAGUCAUUCUGGAAGGCUGGCCUGAAGAGAGCUCCUGCAGGCCAAGAUGUCCAGUUGGCAUGGAAUAUAAGGAGUGUGUAUCACCAUGUGCCAAAACCUGCCAGAGCCUGAAUAUCAAUGAAGUGUGUCAUGGACAAUGUGUUGAUGGCUGCAGCUGCCCUGAGGGGCUGCUCCUUGAUGGUGAACGCUGCAUUGAAAGCUCUGACUGCUCCUGCAUCCACUCUGGAAAACAUUAUCCUCCUGGCUUCACCAUCUCCCAGGACUGCAACUCAUGCAUUUGUCGACGUGGCACAUGGAUCUGCAGCAAUGGGGAAUGCCCAGGGGAAUGCUCUGUCACUGGCCAGUCCCAUUUCAAAAGCUUUGACAACAAGUAUUUCACCUUCAGUGGUAUUUGCCAGUAUUUAUUUGCCAAGGAUUGUGUGGAAAAUUCCUUCUCUGUGAUCAUCGAGACGGUGCAGUGUGCAGAUGAUCCUGAUGCCGUGUGCACGCGCUCAGCUUCUGUCUGGAUCCGCGAUAUGGACAACAGCAUCAUCAAAAUGAAACACGGAGGAGGAGUUUCGCUGAAUGGACAGGACAUACAGAUGCCUUUGCUGCAAGGUGCCCUCCGUAUCCAGCGUGUGGUGAGGAGUUCAGUUCACCUCACCUAUGGGGAAGAUCUGCAGAUUGACUGGGAUGGUCAUGGAGAACUCAUAGUGAAGGUGUCUCCAGUCUACUCUGAAAGGAUGUGUGGGCUAUGUGGAAAUUUUGAUGGGAACAGAGGGGAUGAUUUUCUUACCCCUUCUGGUAUGGUGGAAUCCCUUCUGGAAGACUUUGGAAACUCCUGGAAGCUCAAUGCAGACUGCCAGGACUUGUUAAAACAAGACAAUGACCCCUGCAAUCUCAAUCCUCAUUUAGCCAAGUAUGCUGAGGAAUCCUGCUCACUUCUGAUGGCUCCUGCCUUUGAACCUUGUCACCAUGCUGUCAGUCCCACUCCCUACGUGAAGAACUGCCGCUUUGAUGUUUGCUCCUGCUCCAGUGGCAAGGAUUGCCUGUGCUCUGCCAUCGCUAAUUAUGCAGCAGCAUGUGCCAGGAAGAACAUCCUGGUCCAGUGGAGACAACCUGACUUCUGCCCAAUGGCCUGUCCUGAAGGCCAGGUGUACCAACAGUGUGGGAUGCCGUGUAACCAGACGUGCCGCUCACUGUCCUACCCAGAGGAGGACUGUGAGCAGCUCUGCCUGGAGGGCUGCUACUGCCCCCCUGGGCACUACCUGGACGAGCAUGAGCAGUGCGUGCCCAAGGCCCAGUGCUCCUGUUACUAUGAUGGGGAGAUCUUCCAGCCAGAGGAUGUCUUCUCAGAUCAUUACUCCAUGUGCUAUUGUGAGAAUGGAUACAUGCAUUGCAGUACAAACAGAGCUCCUGGUGCCUUCCUGGCUGAUGUUUUUGCUGAUGAGAGGCCAUCUCCCAGAAUAAAAAGGAGCUUGAUGUGCAGAUUCCCCAUGGAAAAAAUUGUCUGUCCUGCCGACAACCCAAGAGCAGAAGGAGUGGAAUGCACCAAGACCUGCCAGAACUAUGACCUGGAGUGCAUCAGCCAUGGCUGCAUAUCUGGAUGCCUCUGUCCAAAAGGGAUGGUGCGGCAUGAAAACAAGUGUGUUGCUCCUGAGAGGUGCCCCUGCUUCCACAAUGGAAGAGAAUAUUCCAAGGGAGAAACUGUGACUAAGGACUGCAACACCUGCGUGUGCCAGGGGAGGAAGUGGGAGUGCACCAAAAAGCUGUGUGAUGGCACCUGCACUGUUAUUGGUACAGCUCAUUACUUGACAUUUGAUGGAUUGAAAUACAAGUUUCCAGGAGACUGCCAAUAUGUGUUAGCUCAGGAUUUCUGCAAGGGUGACUCUGGAACAUUCCAGAUCCUCGUUUCAAAUGAAGGUUGUGGCUUCACAGGACGGAAGUGCGCCAAAAGGGUUAUCAUUAUGUAUGCAGGAGGGGAAAUAGAGCUGUUUAAUGGAAACGUGAACAUCAGGGUACCUCCUAAGGGUGAAAAUGAUAAUUUAGAUGUCAUCAAGUCUGGCCGUUAUUACAUCAUUUUACUGGGCAAAGGCAUCACUGUGACCUGGGACCUGGCCAUGGGAGUCUCCAUUAUCUUAAAAGGCAAUUUCAAAGAUCAAGUGUGUGGUCUGUGUGGAAAUUUUGAUGGAAUCCAAAACAAUGAUUUGAUCAGCAGCAAUGAGCAUCUUGAAAUAGAUCCAGUUGACUUUGGGAAUUCUUGGAAAGUUAAUCCCCAGUGUGCUGAUGUUGAAAAGCCCAACCUGGAACAGACUUUGAUGACUCCACUGUGUAAUGGAAACGUAGCGAAGCAGGUGAUGGUAGAAACAUCCUGCAGCAUUUUGUAUGGAAGUAUCUUUGAAGAAUGCACAAAAUUGGUGAAUCCAGAUCCCUACAUUGACAUUUGCCUGUAUGACACUUGUGCCUGCGAGUCUGUCGGGGACUGUGCGUGUUUCUGCGACACCAUCGCUGCCUACGCACACGCCUGCGCGCAGAAAGGGGUGACUGUUCACUGGAGGUCGCCCACUCUGUGCCCACAAAGCUGUGAGGACCUGAAUAAAAAGGAAUUAGAUUAUCAGUGUGAAUGGAGAUAUAACAGCUGUGGACCUGCUUGUCCUAUCACAUGCCAACACUCCCAGGCUUUGGAGUGUCCUCUGCAGUGUGUGGAAGGGUGCCACGUACACUGCCCUGCAGGGAAAAUACUUGAUGAGCUGUCCCUGGAUUGUGUUGCUCUAGAAGACUGUCCUGUGUGUACAGUUGGAGGUGACAGGAUCCCGCAUGGAAGGAGAGUAAUUUUGAACAGAGAUGAUCCACAGCACUGCCAAUCUUGUCUUUGUGAAGGGAAGAACUUAACUUGUGUGGCCUGUGAGCCCAUGGAGACCCUAACUCUGACAACACCUAUUCCAGAGGAGGACAUUGAGCUACCACCCAGUGCAUACUCAUGUAGCAAGAUGAUGGACUUGGCCUUCCUGAUCGAUGGCUCCAAUAAACUCUCAGAGGAGGACUUUGAACAGCUGAAGACUUUCAUAAUUGGCGUGAUGAAAAAACUCCACAUCUCCCAGAAAAAGAUCCGAGUGUCAGUUCUGGUGUAUAGGAAGGGUCCCACUGUCUAUCUUCACCUUAAGGAUGUCAAAACAAAAUCCCAGAUGAGAAGAAUUGUCCAGAACAUAAUAUACACAGGUGAUGAAGAAGCAUCUGUCUUUGAAGUCUUUAAAUUUACUGCAAUGCAUGUGUUUGGAAAAACAGAAAGGACCAACGCUGCCAAAAUUGCAGUGUUAUUUUUAGCAAGCAGGCCUACCAAAAAAAUCCGUGACUCGUUUGUGUUUUUGAAGAAUAGAGAUAUCACAGUAGUACCCGUGGGGAUUAAGCCACAUGUCGAUGUGGGCCAAGUCAACUUCAUAGCAAAGGCGUUUCCAGGUAGCAGAGCCCUCAUAGUGAGCAAUGUAUUGGAGCUCAUGGAUAAUAAAGAUUUCCUCAUUGAUCAUCUGUGUGAUCUUGGACCUGAAGAAAGUCUUCUGUUGCCUGCUACAUCUGCUCCAACCAUAUCCAGUGUCUUAUUUCCCCCUUCGGUACUCACAGCCCCACCAUCUCUUUCAGAAAAGUCCCGUCCCAACAGGCUGGAUAUUGCUUUUAUUGUGGAAGGCUCCAACAAAGUUGGGGAGGAAAACUUCAAUAAAGUCAAGAGGUUCAUUGAGAAGGUGGUUACAGGAAUGAACGUGGGACAGGAAAAUAUUCACAUUACAGUCAUGCAGUAUUCAGAGACUGUCAGUCUGGAGUAUUCCUUUAGGGAAACACAGUCAAAGGAACAAAUUAUUGAGAAAGUGAGGAGUAUACCCUACCAGGGAGGAAGGGCUACCAACACUGGCAAUGCCCUCGAUUAUAUUUCCAAACACACAUUUGCAUCAGUGAAUGGGGGCAGGCAAGAUGUUCCUCACUUGGUAUAUAUGGUGUCAUCCAGUCCUUCCACUGAUGUUAUCACACGACCUCCCAGGAGCAUAAAUGUUAUUCCCAUAGGAAUAACCCCCAGUGCCAACAUCCAAGAGCUCAGAAAGAUCAGUCAUCCUAAUGACCCAAUUAUCUUGAAUAGUUACAACAGACUUAUUGAAGAGGCACCUGAAUUAGUGCUGCAGACAUGCUGUUCUCAUAGGACGAGAUUUUGGACCGAAAUCACAGAGUUGUGCAACAAACCCAUGGACAUCAUGUUUCUUCUGGAUGGAAGCUCCAAUGUUGGAGCAUCAGAGUUUGAGGAAAUGAAAAACUUUGUCCAGGCAUUUAUUGGAAGUGUUGUGGUUGGCAAUUCUUCAAUUCAUGUGUCGGUUCUCCAGUAUGCCAGGGAAAAUAAUAUAGAAAUUUCAUGGAACAUGCCUCAGGAGACUGAUAGGCUUGUAGAGAUGGUGCAAUCCAUUCAACAAAGGGAGCAAGGUCCUACCAGACUGGGAAAUGCCAUUGAUUUUGUGGUCCAGAAUGCGAUGUCAGAAUCUCAUGGGGGCAGACCCAGCGCAUCAAAGGUUGCGAUCGUCAUCGUGUCGGGGGCCUCACAAGAUGCUGUGGAGGCUGCUGCCCUUUCUGCAAGAGUGAACAGGGUAUCCCUGUUCCCAAUUGGUGUUGGGAACAGAUACGAUGAAGGCCAGCUGAGGACUUUGGCUGGGCCAUCUGCUGCUAACAGAAUCAUGAAGCUCCAGAAUUUUGAAGAUUUAUCCACUAUGAUCAAAUUGAAUGGUGAAUUUAUGAAAAAAGUGUGCAUGGACCCAGUCAGAGAAUGCAUAGAUGAGGAUGGAAACAAAAAGAGACCUGGUGAUAAAUGGACAUUAUCAGACCAGUGCCACACUGUGACCUGCUUCCCAGGAGAUUACACAGUUCUAGAGAGCCACCACAUCAACUGUGAGAGGAUGCCAAAGCCUGUGUGUCACAGCAACCUUCCUGCUGUUAAGGUGGAGGAAACGUGCGGAUGCCGAUGGAUGUGCCCAUGUGUCUGUAUAGGAAGUUCAUCUCAACAUAUUGUCACUUUUGAUGGACUGAAUUUUAAGCUGACUGGCAACUGUUCCUACACCUUAUUUGAAGACUUGCACCACGAUGUUGAAGUCGUGCUCCAUGAAGGGUCGUGCAGAACAGCACCCAGGAUGAACUGCAUGGACUCCAUCGAAGUGAAGCAUCGUGGUGUGGCAGUGCAGCUCUUCAGUGACAUGGCAGUGGCUGUUAAUGGUGAAAGGGUUCUUAUCCCCUAUUCCAGCAGCUUGUUUGAAAUCACUGCCUACGGAGACAUAAUGCAUGAAAUCAAGUUCUCUCAUCUCGGGCAUAAUCUCACAUUUACUCCAAGAAACAAUGAAUUUAUUCUUAGACUUAAUUCAAAGAGCUUUUCUUCAGGAACGAAAGGGCUUUGUGGGCUGUGUGACCAGAACCACGCCAAUGACUUCACGCUGCGCAAUGGCUCAGUCACUGCGGACAGCAGCAUGUUCAUCCAGGACUGGACAGUGCCAGAGCCCGGCCAGGUCUGUGACAGCCGCAGGGACGAGCGCUGCUCCGAGCGCGUGCCCGGCCACUGCCGCCUCCUGCUCUCGGAUCGCUUCGAGGAGUGCCACAAAAUCUUCACCCCCAGCUUGUUCUACGAGGCCUGCAUGGAGAACAGCUGCUACGAGGAGGAGGCCUGCGAGAUUAUCGCGUCCUACGUUCACAUCUGCCAGGAGAACGGCGUCUGUGUGGACUGGAGAACGCCUGAGUUUUGCCCAAUGAAAUGUGCCCCACAUCUGACGUACGACCACUGCCACACAACCUGUGUGAAGAGCUGUGAGAAUAAUACCAAAGUCAGUGUCUGCAAGGAUUAUCCCAUGGAAGGCUGCUUUUGCCCAGAGGGAAAGGUGAUUUUUGGUGACAGCUGUGUUAGUGAAGAAGUCUGCACUCAGUGUGUCAGUGAGGAUGGCACACACCAUCAGCACUUGGAAACGUGGAUUCCCGAGAAUGAGCCCUGCAACAUCUGCACGUGUCUCGAUAACAAGAAGAUAAACUGCACGGUCCGACCCUGCCCGACUGUCAAACCUGCCCAGUGUGGUCCGUGUGAAGUCGCUCGCCUGCGCAGGGACCCUGGCCAGUGCUGCCCUGAGUACGAAUGUGUGUGUGACCUGGUUUCCUGUGAUUUGCCUCCUGCCCCUGUCUGUGAGUUUGGCCUGCAGCUUGCCCUGACCAACCCUGGAGAAUGCAGACCAAAUUACACAUGUGCCUGCAACAGGGAAAUGUGCAGCUCCACCCCAAGACUCUCCUGCCCAUCGCACCGGACAUUGACUGUUGUCAAGACGGAGUGCUGUGAUAAAUAUGAGUGCGCCUGCAGCUGUAGGAACUCCACAGUCAGCUGCCCUCUGGGGUAUCUCUCCCAGUCUCUGACCAAUGACUGUGGCUGUGUAUCCACCACCUGCAUUCCAGACCGGGUGUGUGUGCACAACAACAUAGUCUAUCCUGUUGGGACAACCUGGGAAGAUGGAUGCAGGGAAUGCUCUUGCACUGGUGUGAGGGAUGAUGUUACAGGACUUCAGAUGAUGGAAUGUCGUGACAAACAAUGUGACACGUUCUGCUCUCGGGGCUACAAGUACAUUGUGCCAGAAGGGGAGUGCUGUGGGAAAUGUCAGAAAACUGCCUGUGAGGAGCUGCACUUUUGGCCUCGGGGUGAUGAAGAUCCUCCUUUGCAUGAGGUCGGCACGGAGUGGCGAUCUCCCUGGAACCGCUGCGUCGUCAACGAGUGUGUCCGGGUGAACAACGAGGUUUUUGUGCAGCAAAAGAAUGUUUCUUGCUCCCACAUGGAUGUGCCUGACUGUCCAGAGGGAACUGAGCUGCGCUGUGACCAAGUGAUAGACUGCUGUCCUUCCUGUAGAUGUGUACCCCUGAAUGGCUGUCCUUUGAAUGGCACUGUUAUUGGGCACGGGAGGCGCAUGAUGGUGGAUCAGUGCACGACGUGUGACUGCUUCCAGUCAGCCCCUCGGAAAUACACCCUGAAGUGCAGCAAAGUGAACUGCCAGGCCUGCCCAGGGAACUACAGAAGGCAGGAAAUCCCUGGCUCCUGCUGUGGAAAAUGUGUGCCAACUUCAUGUAGCGUCAGGCUGAGAGAUGGAAGGGUUCAAUAUCUUCAGGCAAACACAUCCCUUCAGGAUGGCUGUGACAGUCACUCCUGUAGAGUAAAUGAGAGAGGGGAAUUUAUCUGGGAAAGGAGAAUCACUGGCUGUCCUCCAUUUGAUGCCAGAAGAUGCUUGGCUGAAGGAGGCAGAAUUGCAAAAAUUGGCGACACUUGCUGUGACACAUGUGUGGAGGUGGAAUGUCAUACUGUAAGUACCAGACUGCAGUAUGGGAAUAUCAAUGGAUGUGUGGCUGAAAAGGAGGUGCCCAUUUCUCAUUGUGAGGGCAAGUGCAGAAGCACCACCAGGUACUCUGCUCAGACAGGGCAGUGGGAAGACCAGUGCAACUGCUGUACAGCCACUCAGACCACCAUGGUGACCAUCCCCCUGCGGUGUCCCAACGGGACCGUGGUGCAGCACUCCAUCCCUUCCGCCUCGCUGUGUGAAUGCCGUGCUCGCAAGUGCACGCUGUGAAUAUUGCCCAGAAGCCCAGUUGCUUAAUCUGAAGCUUUAUGAUGGAGUAACUUCACAAUGCAAGCCUCAUUUUCUCUGUACACUGCCUUAUCCAUUAGGAUCCUGAAUAAUUGUAUUGACACAGCAAACAAUAAAGCUUACCAGCACAACAGAA